CGCGUUCUGUUAUAUCUUGAUGUGCUACUUAAAGAACAGUUAUGGAUUAGAGCUAAUCCCUAUGGCGUAUCUGUAAUGUAUUCAGUGUAGGAAAUGACUUGCGACCACUUAGUGGUAGACCACUCAGUCAAUGACGACGACAAGGAAGAGUUGAGCAUGAAGCAAGCAUAAUACAAACACAAACAAACAAAUGAGGAUUAAAGAGUUGCAUUAAAUAAAGUUUAACAAUGUCUUAUCAUCUCGAUCUUCCAAUAUAAACUUCAUGAAUACUAAUUUAGUACAGUAACUGAGCAAGUGCUCGGUGGGUGGGAGACUUUUGAUGUUGAGAGUGCUGGAGACGACUGACUUUUGAUACUUGUUCAUGACUUUGAAUUCUUGUACCCAUUUAUAUCCAUACCAUCAGAAUAUGUUCAUAUACAUUUGAUCGGAGGCAAGUAGAUUCUCCAAUUACUUUUAUUGUGUUCAUUUCUAGCUAUGAAAUUAAAUACGAAAACAUAUGAGUUUAUUACUUGUUUAUGUGUUCUCACAUAUUCAAAGUUUGGUUGCGGGAGCAUAACUGGAGGCCGUAGCAAUUUAAGCUGCAUUGAGAAUGAGAAACAAGCUUUGUUGCUGAUUAAAAAAAGUUUUAUAGAUGACUGGAAACUCUUGUCAUCGUGGGUCGGGGAUGAUUGUUGUUCAUGGUAUGGAAUUGAGUGCGACAACCUUACUGGCCAGGUUACCAAACUUUAUCAUGGAGCUUCCGGUCUUAAAGGUUCAAUUUCUGCAUCCAUUGGCAAUUUGACUGCUCUUACUGUAGUUGAUCUAAACUAUAAUUUUCUUGAAGGCAUCAUACCUGAAUCCAUAGGAUCUUUGAAAUCUCUUACUAUCCUCGAUCUCUCUGUCAAUAAUCUCCAAGGUUUCAUUCCUCAGUCUAUAGGAAGUUUGACAUCAUUAACCAUUCUUGAUCUAUCUCAAAAUAAGAUUGGAGGUUUGAUCCCGGAAUCUAUAGGGGCUUUGACAUCUGUCACAGAACUUCAUAUGUCAAGCAAUAAUUUACGAGGACCAAUUCCUCAAUCUAUUCGAAACUUGACAUCACUUUCCCUGUUUCAUCUUUCCUUUAAUGAAUUCAAUAGUUCAAUUCCACCUGAAAUUGGCAAUCUCAAGGAACUCAGGUUCCUAUCUUUAAGCACAAAUAAAUUCAGCGGUUUACUAACCGAAGCAGUUUGCAACUUGUCAAAGUUAGAGGUGCUAUCAGUUGUAGAAAACCAGCUGAGUGGAAGCAUUCCUGUAUGCAUUGGGGAACUAUCAAAACUAGUAUCAUUGGGUCUUUCCUUAAAUUCAUGGGAGGGCUUCGUAUCAGAGCGUCAUUUUGCUGAACUCGCCAUGCUGACUGAGUUGAAACUUUCUUCAAAGUCUGGCUUAGUGAUGAAUGUUAGCGAUAAAUGGGUCCCCCCUUUUCAGCUCGAAGAUAUAUGGAUGGACUCCUUGAAACUGGGGCCUAAAUUUCCUAGAUGGCUCUGUACACAAAGGAAUAUCAAGGAACUUGUGAUGACAAAUACGAGCAUAUCAGAUAAACUAUUAGCACUUCCAAAUAGUGUGAUGUAUUUAGACCUCUCAAAUAAUCACUUGUUUGGUAAAUUUCCUGCAUAUUUAUGCAAUUUUGUUAGCAAUUUAGGAGAGAGCUUGAAGGAGAUACAUCUGCCCGACAAUAAUCUUUCAGGAGAGCUGCCCCAGUGCUUAGGUAACUUGACGUUUCUGGAGGUUCUUGAUGUGAUGAAUAACAAUCUCUCCGGUAAUAUUCCUCCUUUAGGUUCUUUGGGGCUUCUCCGUAAUUUGAACUUGCACAAUAACAAGUUUCAAGGCAGACUUCCUUUGUCCUUUGAAAAUUUGACAGGGCUAGUUGGACUUGAUGUGGGGAAGAAUAGUUUAAGUGAUGUUCUUCCGUCUUGGAAGAGUAAUUUUACAUCGCGUCUCAGGUACUUAAUACUACGGUCCAACAAUUUCUUUGGUACAAUCCCCACAGAACUUUGCCACCAUGUUUCAAUUCAAAUUUUAAAUUUCGCGGGAAAUCACAUUACAGGAAACAUUCCUCAUUGUUUGGGAAAUCUGACCUCCAUAAUCACAAGUAACAACUACAGUGAUGAUCAUUAUCCAUACACGGAUAUAUAUGAUCCGAUCAUGGAUGAUGCAAAAGGAUCCGAGUUAGCAUAUACAUCUACACUCGGGCUUCUGUUUUCCAUUGAUUUAUCAAAUAACAACAUCACCGGAGGGAUUCCUGAAGAGUUGAUGGAUCUCCGUGGUUUGUUGAGUUUAAACUUAGCCGGUAACCGUCUAUCCGGAAGGAUCCCUGACAGAAUUGGGCAACUGGAUAAACUGGAAUUUCUUGAUCUCUCUAGAAAUGAACUUUCUGGUCUUAUUCCACAGAAUCUGUCAAAUUUGAACUUCUUAAGCCGUUUAAACCUCUCCUACAAUGAUUUUUCAGGGAGAAUACCAACCGGAAACCAACUACAAACCCUCAAUGAUCCCUCCAUUUAUGUUGGCAACAGUCAGCUCUGUGGUGGACCUAUCCUGAAGCCCUGUCCUAGUGACACAGAUUCACAUGAUUUUCAAGACAACGAUGAAGCUGAUUCUUAUUCGGAUGAUGAGCACAUGUGGUUUUACGCAGGGAUAGGACCUUGUCUCUUAGUUGGCUUUUUGGGAUUCUGUGCUUGCCUGCAUUUCAUCAAGUCUUGGAGGUAUUCUUAUUUUCACUAUGUCGAACAAGUCUUUGACAGGAUAGUGGUUGCUGUUGCUUUGUUACAGAGGAAACUCCAUGACUAAAUGUCUAAACAUAAAUGCCAUUUCUGCUUGUCAAUUUUUUCUCCAUUUGUUCUUGAGUUAGUUUCUCAAACUUGUAAAACGCUAUAAUGUGCUCAUGUUAUUCGCAUAGCUUGGAGGAAGGUGGAUUUGUCAAAUUCCGCAUUUCUAGUUGUACUACAAGUUUCGAUUAAGAGCAUCUUUGUAUGUUAAUAUUAUCUGUUUUUUGUACUAUAUUAAUUUAUCAAAUAACAGCUUAGUGGAGAGGUUCCAAAGGA